GGGUACCGAUUUGAGCAACGCAGCGACAGGUGACGGACGACGGCCGACCGCCGGCGGGAAGAAUGAGCAUCUCAAGGUUAAUAAUUCAACGUAGCUCUCUCUUCUUUUCUCUCUUCUCUGCUGCUAAAAGACUUGCUCCUUUACCUCUUAACUUCUCUUAUCUUUCUCUUCCUCGUUUCAUUGACUCUUCACCGGAACCCUCCUCCUUUUCUUCUCCAUUUUUUCACUCUGCCUGCCUCUUGAGCACCCAGACCCCGGAUGAAGACAACAAAGAGGAAGCCCAGGGUCCAUUUCACUACCAAACUGAUGAAUCAGGGGGAGACAUUACAGAUGAUUGGGAAGAAGAGGAUGAAGCUGAACCCAAGCUUGGUGAUGGAGGAGAUGGUGGUGGAGUUGUAUUACAAGGUGUUCCUUGGGGUGACCACGUGCUGUUGAUUGCCUAUGAGGUCUUGAAGCAGUUUGGGGAUGACUUGAAACUCUAUGCUUUCAAGACAUCUCCUCGAGGAUACAUUUAUGUGCGACUGGACAAAGUGUCAACUGAAUAUGGGUGCCCGAGCAUGGAGGAGCUUGAGAGUUAUUGCCGAGAAUAUAGGACAAAAUUAGAUGAAGCCGGAACACUUGGAGAAAUACCAGAUGAUCUGGCUGUUGAGGUAUCAUCUCCAGGUGCAGAGAGGAUACUAAAGGUACCUGAUGAUUUGUCUCGGUUCAAAGAUAUGCCCAUGACAGUAUGCUACGAGGAUACAGAGUCUAAUUGUCCAGAAAAAAGUGGAGUGUUUAUGGUGGACUCAAUUGAAACAGAAGCAGGCAUCUGUGUAUGGAAGUUGGCAAAUGUGAAGGAAAAUAGGGACCCUGAAAGCAAAGGGAGACCUUUAACUCGUAAACAGAAGGAGUGGAGAUUAAAAUUGCCUUUCGCGGAGCACAGGAAGAUAACACUGUACCUUGAGUACUGACAAGGAAGACAGUAGAAUUUCAUUCAUAUUUCUAGAUUUUUGUUAGAGAAAGUUUGGCAAGAGAUGUGGAAUUUGUGUGGCAUCUGGCGACUGUAGAAUUGAUAUUUUGUUGACUCUAGUAGAUCACAGAAAUUCUCGAUUCCAGCUUACAUCAUACUUGGUCUCCAUUAAAAUUAGAUAGUUCAU